UCCUGUAGUAUAAGAAUCAAUCAACAAGAAGAUCAAAUAGUGAACAAGCUGCUUGAAAACACUGCAUCAAAUCUCAAGCUCACUGUCGUUCUUCAUUGUUGAACUCCAUCGUUCCAAUGGCUUCUUCAUCGAAAUCCACCGGGCCAUACGCGGUCUUCUUGAGUUUUAGAGGUACGGACGUGCGUAACAGCUUCGCCAGCCAUCUCUAUAACGAGCUAGUCCGGAAUGGAAUACACAUUUUUCGAGAUAACGAAGAACUGAGGAAGGGGCAGGAUAUAUCGAUGGUCCUGAAAGCCAUCGAAGAAUCGUGCAUCGCAAUCAUCAUUUUCUCUGAGGAUUACACUUCCUCAUGGUGGUGCUUGGAAGAGGUGGCCAAGAUUAUGCAGUGCAAGGAGCAAAAGGACCUCACCGUUCUACCAGUGUUUUAUAAAGUGGACCCAAAAGAAGUGAGAGAGGGGAGAGCGAGUUAUGCAAAAGGCCUGGCUAAGCAUGAGUCUAAGCACGGAAAGGAUUCGAAGGAAAUGGAGAGAUGGAAGGAAGCCCUUCGGCAUGCCGGUAGAUUGUCCGGGUGGACUUUGAAUGAUGGAGAUGAUGAGUCAAAGGUCAUACAAGAAAUUGUGAAGGAUAUCUUAACUCGCCUAAGCCAAACACCUUUUGUUGUUGCCGAGCAUCCGGUUGGGGUAGAGUCCCGAGUGGCUGAAGUGAAAUCAAUGUUGAACCUUGAAUCUAAGGAUGAUGUUCUCAUGGUGGGAUUAUGGGGACAGGGAGGCAUCGGAAAGACAACUUUAGGGAGAGCCAUUUUUAAUGAUAUUUCCAAACAAUUUGACGGUUCAAGUUUUCUAGCAAAUGUUCGAGAAAAGUCAAAGGAUGGCAUGGAUUUAGCUGCUUUGCAAGAACAAUUACUCGAUGAUAUAUUGUUCCCGCCAACAAGAUUAGUGGUGUCCGAUGUUGCUAGAGGCAAAAGUUUAAUACCACUUAGACUCCGUGACAAAAGAGUUCUUGUCAUCCUUGAUGAUGUGGACGAUGUGGAGCAGUUAUGUGCUUUAGCAGGAAAAACCAAAUGGUUUGGUAGUGGGAGUAGGAUCCUCGUUACUACAAGAGACAGGCAUAUGCUGACUCCCACGAUAGAUCGAGAUCGUGUGUAUGUGCAUGAAGUUAAAGCACUGGAGGAUGGUGAAGCUCGUGCACUGCUUAGUAAGCAUGCUUUUCUUACAUACGAAAAAUUAGAAAGCAGGACAAAUCUACUGAAUGGUUUUUCGAAUCAUGCUAAAGGCCUGCCUUUAGCACUUGAGGUGUUGGGUUCCUUAUUAUGUGGUACAACAGAAGAUGUGUGGGAAAGUAUACUAAAGAGACUUUCCACGACUCCUAACAAAAAAAUUAAUAAUGUGCUCAAAGUCAGUUAUGAUGGACUAGAGAAAAAUGAGCAAGAGAUCUUUCUCCAUGUUGCAUGCUUCUUUAAGGGGCGAGCAAGAGAGUACACAGAGAGAGUUCUUGAUAGUUGUGAUCUUCAUACAGCUGCAGGAUUUGAUACUCUUAUUAAGAGGUCCUUGAUAAGAAUUGAGGAUGGAAACCUACAAAUGCAUGACUUGAUUCAAUCAAUGGGUAGGCAUAUGGUGGAGCAAGAAUUUGAUGAUCCCAGGAGACGCAGUAGACUCCGGCUAUAUGAGGAUGUUCUUGAAGUUCUAUCAUGCAGCAUGGGAGAUUGUGCUGUAAAAGCCAUAGUGUUGGAGCUACCUGAGUUGAAAGAAAUGUGUAUCAAUUGUGAUGCUUUUACAAAGAUGACAAAGUUGAGUUUGCUCAUCUUGCGCAAGGUUUCUUUUCAAGGUCCUAUAUGUCUUCCUAAUGAGCUAAGAUGGGUUGAAUGGCCUGGAUAUUCUCGCCAGAUAGAAUUUUCUGCAGGUCCAAAGAAAUUAGUGGGACUUGAUAUGCGCGAACGCAAUGUCACAGGAGUUGUAAAACAAUUUAAGGGCUUCCAACAAUUGAAGUACCUUAAUUUCAGUAAAUGUAAGUCACUGGUUCGUAUGCCCGACCUCUCAUGUACUCCAAAUCUCGAGGAAUUGGAUCUCAAGCAUUGCAAAAACUUGGAAGAAGCAGACGAGUCGAUUGCAGAUCAUGCCAAUUUACGGGGUCCUCAUUGCUCUUUUCUUCUCUCCGGAAGUAAGAUGCCAGAGUGGAUCUUCACUGUUGAUAGCAAGGUGCCACUCGUCCCUAUUGAUGGCAAGGUGCCAGAGUGGAUGCAGAUUGGAGACUAUAGCCCUGUUGAAAAGUGCUCCGUAUCGCUCAUGGUUUCAAAAGGCUCGUAUAAGAAGUUUCUUGGUUUGGCACUUUGUGUUGUUGCCCUUAGACAUUAUUCGAAAGCGGAAGCCUCUUUGACAAUUCGACUACAUGUUAAUGGCAAAUGGCGGCGUUCCAGGCGAGAAGAAUUCCCUGAUUUGAGUAAGUGUCAUAUCUAUAUCCAGUAUUUCAUUCGGGAUAAUCUGUGGGGAGACAUCGAUUUUGGCCAAAUUGCUGGGAGGUAUGCACAACUUAGCCUUACGGUGAGAGGAGACGUUGUAGCAUGGGGACUCCGAAUAAUAUGCGAGCCACUAGAGAACGAUUUGUGGAUUGAGAUUCUGAAAAACCGACUAAUGGAUCCACAUGUACUCUGUGAGGUUGUUCCUGGAUCAGCAGAUUCAAAAGCCGAGAGUUCACUUAUGUACGAAGACAAUUCCAUCAAAACAGAUCUUCAUGAACGCUUGCAAGAUUGUCAAAUAAGUGCUGAGGAACAAAGUUAA